AUGGGUCUUCUCUCUAUGCAGCAUCAUCCACAGCACCAGCAACAGGGUCAUCCGCCUUCCCAACACUUGCAACACUCGCGACCCCCGAGUGUAGUUCACCAGCAGCAUCACACUCAACCUCACCAACCGCCACAACAGCAGCAUCCAAGCGCGUAUUCAUCCACGCAUUCCCUUCCCCCAGGUUAUCAAACCAGUGCUCAGGCGCCUAGCAAUCAGGACAACCUCAACUACUACAACCAUCCAAGCCCUUACAGCACACCUGGUGCCACAAGCGGAUACACAUCCGCAGGUAAGUUCUUGCUGCCUCGAAAGCACUUCAUUUUCGAACUUCGCGUUCCAAGACAGUCACUUACAUUACGCAACAUAGAUACCUCCGAUAUGAUGGCCGCAGCUCAAAUGCCGAGACCUCCCUAUCCUCCAAUGUCCUACCAUACGCCUCAAUCCAACUCCCCUGCUUCAGUCGCAUCGCCCUCGCAACAUGAUCAACACAGAAACAUCUAUGGCCAACCCCCAUCGCAGCAUCUUCAACAAUCUAUGUACUACCAGCCGCAGAAUCAAUAUCAGACCAUGCCUCCUCAAGCUGCCGCCUCACCUUAUGCGCAACAUGCGCCUCACCCCCAACAGUCCAUGACAUCGCAGCCCACUAUGAUGAUGUCUCAAACCGCACCCCAGAACCAAAUGACGCAGCAUGCUGCACAACAUGCGCACGCAGGAAUGACCGGUAGUCCUCGGCCCAAAAUCGAGCCUCAGGUGCCUCUGCAGCUCCAGAAGCCUCAGUCAUCUCCGAUGCAGCAGGCUCACCACCCUCAAAACGGUGGACAACUGCAGAGCCCAGGGAACACCACGCCUGGUGUCAAUCCAAGUGCAGCACCAGGACCCAUCCCUGCCACAACCCCUCUCGUUGUCCGACAAGAUGGUAACGGUGUACAGUGGAUAGCCUUUGAGUACUCUAGGGACAGGGUCAAGAUGGAGUACACCAUCCGCUGUGAUGUUGAGUCGGUCAACAUUGACGAACUAUCGCCAGAAUUCAAGCAGGAGAACUGUGUCUAUCCCCGAGCAUGUUGCCCCAAGGACCAAUACCGCGGUAACCGCCUGAUGUACGAGACUGACUGCAACCGCGUUGGCUGGGCUUUGGCCGAGCUCAACAUUCCCCUCAGAGGCAAGCGAGGACUUAUCCAGCGAGCGGUCGACAGCUGGCGCAAUAGCAACCAAGAUCCCCGACUUCGCAGUAGACGAGUUCGACGCAUGGCAAAGAUGAAUCAGCGCAAACAGGUUCAAGCUUCUCCGCAUCCCGGUGCGGCUCACAUGCCCGGCCCCAGCGGGCCUUCAGGGAUGCCUGGAGGUCCAGGGCCCAUGGGACCUGGUCCCGCCGCAAUGGGCAAACCUGGUCUCGGCAGCAUGGGUCAACCAAUGCACCACCACCAGCCAGGAGCUCACCCUGACGGUACAGGACAAAGUGGAGGAGAUGAAGUUGGUAUGUUCCACCAGAUGUGA